AUGAAGAAAGUUCAAAAUGCUGAGAAUUUGUGUGUAAAAUCUCCAAAACCUGUAUUUCUCUUCAUAUUAUUAUUCAUCCUUCUUGUUCGUCCUCUAAAGGCUGUAUCAAUGGAUAAUGAUGAUAACAUCAAUUUCACUUUCCCUGAUUUCAACUCAAAUACGCAUCGCAUAGUGUAUGAAGCUGAUGCAUACGCAUCAGGUAACGCAAUCCUACUCACUGCUAACAAAACAAACCAGGGUCUAAAUGGUAGUGUUGGUCGAGCUACUUACUACAAGCCAAUGCGUCUUUGGAACAAUUCAUCUGGAGAUCUCAUACUUGCAGAUUUCACCACUCAAUUUUCCUUCGCCGUUGAUUCCUUCCAUAAAAGCUCAUACGGUGCUUGCUAUCCGAGUUUGAGUUAUGACGUGAACUCUAAGUUUGUUGCAGUAGAGUUUGAUACGCAUCGGAGUGAUUGGGAUCCUCCGGAGAUGUCAGAGCACGUGGGCAUUGAUAUAAACUCUGUCAAGACUUCUUACCCCACCGUCGCAUGGUGGUGGAGUGAUAUUGAAAAUGGGGGAAAAGUUAAUGCUUUCAUCACUUUCAACUCUAGUACAAAAAACUUGAGUGUUGCUUUUGUUGAUGCUGAUGAUUUUACUCGUGAGAACUUAUCCAGUCUUUUCGCAACACUGGACUUUAGCCAAUAUUCACCGGAAUGGGUCACUUUUGGCUUCUCAGGAGCUACUGGAUUUAACAGAUCGACUGAGCUACACACUAUUUAUUCCUGGAAUUUCAGCUCUACCUUACAAGUUUCCAUGGAUACAGCUAUCUAUUCUCCAACAGCUUCACCUGUAGCAACAACAAGCAUAAGCAAUUCUCCGGUCGAACCAAGAAGGAAGAGCAGGACAUGGCCAUGGAUUGUUUUAGCCAUGUUUGGUGCCAUAUCUGCUUUGGUCCCAGUUUUGGGUUUACUUUGGUUUUUCUACCGGAGGAGAAAAUACAGCAGGAAGGAAGAUGGGACCAUAGUUGUCAAUGUAGAAAUGGAAAUGGUGACAACACCUAGGAAGUUUUCCUAUAAGGAGCUAAGAUUUGCAACAGUAAUUUUGCUGAGGAAGGUCUGCUUGGAGAGUAUUGCUGUCAAAAGGAUAACUCCAAAUUCUCAACAAUGGGUGAAAGAGUAUUUAUCAGAAGUUACAACUAUUGCCAGGUUGAGGCAUAGAAAUCUAGUCCAACUCAUUGGUUGGUGCCAUGACAAUAAGGAGUUUCUGAUUGUGUAUGAUUUUCUUCCAAAUAAGAGUCUCGAUUUCCAUCUGCAUAGAGAGGCAUGCUUGUUGAUGUGGGAUAAAAGAAAAGUCGAGACUACUAUAGAGUUAGGGACUUGUACCCGAAACUUAAAAGCUUCUAGAUUCAAGUUUUACCGUCGUUUAAAGGUUGAAUCUGCAUCGAUCUACGUGGAAAGCGGUGAAGGAAUAAGUGUGUCUUCUCAAGGGUUGGAUCGAAGGCUUGGAUCUUUGGAGCGAUCAGACUUGGAUCUAGCCAUCGGAUUUCAGCAAGAAGGCAGUCGUGCAUGGAUCUUGUCAGCAAGUCGUCACAAAUCAGGUGUGUAA